CUUCAUUCAUUAAAGUAUUACCUAGGUUGAUAAGAUGGAGAGCAGGAACAUAGGACCUAUUAUGUCGGGAAUAUUCAACACCCUUUUGGAAAAUUUCUGGAUAAAUUUUCAUCAUAAAAUCGGCUAUAAUCUUUACAUCUGACAAAAUCUAAAAUCUAGAAUGUAUGGUAGAAACGAAUUCCUGUCUGAAAGUCGGCAUCAAUUUGGCAGUAUUUCCCCAUAGAUCCAUUAUUCGAAGCCAUUCGUCCAAGUACACUCUAUGAACAUGUUUUAUUCUUGAAUUGAGGUGAUGAUGAAUAGGGAAAGCUGUGAAUGGGGAGGUUGAAAAUUGCCACCCUCUUUUCUAAUUGUCUCGUCUCACUAGUCAGAGGCUGAUUAUCGGGCAUUGCCUCAGGGAGUGGAGGUCUGUCUAUGGUGAAGACUGGACUGUGAAUUAGUGGAUUGAAGAGUACACGUGCAGGGGCAUGGAGAUCCUUAGUGCAAGUAGCGCAGUAACUGCAGUCUCAUUUUUAUCAUGGCCGCAGAAGAGAAUAAGCUCCAAAAUGGUUUCUACAAUGUACAAUUUGAAAUUUCGUUCCAUUAAAAGAAAUGCAUCGAAUAAGGUUAAGGUAGAGAAAUCGAGUUGGGUCAGCUCAGUUGGGGGUGCCUCAGUAUGUACACUGAUGACGUCUCUGAUAUGGGGACUUACAGAGAAAGCAGCCAUUGCCCUCGAACCAAUUGGACGCUUUGAUGCAGAGGGUCCAGUGAAUGAUGUGGCUGCCUUCCUUGACAAGUACCCAUUUUUCGCAUUUGGAGUCUCAUUUGUGGUAUUUUUUGUGGUUCCUCUGCUAGGAGAUCAAGUUGAUAAAUCCAACAAAUGGGCUACAGCAGAAGAGGCUUAUUCCAAGCUGAGGGAUGAAAAAGAAUCCCAACUUGUAGAUAUUAGAACUGUAGACGAGAUCAAUGAUAUAGGUUCUCCAGAUGUUUCGAGUUUCAACAAAGAAGUUGUUCAGGUAACCUAUGACGGAGAUGAUAUUGCUUUUUUGGGUGAGAUGCUGAAUAGAUUCAAAGAGCCAGAUAAUGCCACAUUGUACAUUCUUGACAUGUAUGAUGGAAAGUCAAUGCAAGUAGCCCAGAUGCUCACACGAAAUGGUUUCAAAACAGCAUAUGCAAUCAGAGAUGGAUUCCAAGGAAGUAAUGGUUGGCAGGCAGUUGAAGAAAAACUAUUUACGAACAGUACACAAGUCGUUGCUAGAGAUGGGGCAACUGUUUCUCCAAAUCCAAAAAUCAAUGCCUCUGCCUCUUCGACAGUAAAACAAGAAUCUCUACAAGAUAAAAGUACCGAAUCGAGGACCAUGCCAUCUUCUAUGGACCCAGAAGUCAGAACUAAUUUGGUACCUCUGGGUGCUCCAGUUAUGCCAGAUAAAAAGGUUGAUGUAACUACACCAGUUCCGUCAUCUUUGGACAGAGAUGUUGGAGUGAAUUCAGCAUCUCAGACUGCACCAGUGGAAGUUUCUUCUCAGGCUCCUUCCUUGCCCAGGGCAUUGUCACCAUAUCCACAGUAUCCAGAUUUGAAACCGCCAACAUCACCCACUCCAUCUAAACCAACCAGCAAAACUGUGGAUGCUGCUACCGAUAAUGGUGCAGCUAUGGCAGAUGAGAAGGUGGUUGUUGGUGUUAGUGAGACCCCUUUCUUCUCCCAGGCAUUGUCACCAUACGCACGGUAUCCAGAUUUGAAACCCCCAACAUCACCAACACCAUCAAAGCCAACUGGAAUGGCUUUGGAUUCUGCUACAAACAAUGGUCCAGUGAUUUCUGACCAAAUUGUUGACGGCUCUGCCCGAAUUACUAAAUCGGCAAUUGAAACCCCUUGCUUCUCACGGCCAUUGUCUCCAUAUGCACAGUAUCCAGAUCUGAAACCCCCAACAUCACCAACUCCAUCAAAACCAAGUUUGGGUAAAGCUAUAGAUGCUGCUACUGGUAGAAUUCCACUGGUUUUGGAUCAAAAUGUUGAUGAACUUGCUCCAGCAAUUAAAUCUGCACCAAUUGCACCUGCUUUUGAGGCCUCUUGCCAUUACAAAACAUUAUCACCAUACUCUGUGUAUCCAGAUUUGAAACCACCCACAUCACCAACUCCAUCAAGGCCUUGAGGAGGUUUCCCCAAUGGGCCCUGUACGCAUUGAAGAGGUUUCCCUAAUUGGCCUUGUACAUAGUUUGAAAUGAACAUAUCCACUCAAAACUUCCAUGUUACUGGCAGAUGGUUGCAAUUUUCUGUUUGUAAAUUGAUAUUUUACCUUGUGGGUUUUCUAAUUCAAGAAGUCAGUCACAUUCAAUUAUCUAUUUCACAAUCCUGUAUGGAAAUAUCCUACGGUUGCAAGUUGAGAACUAGUGAGGAUGUAGUCAAGGAAUUUCCUUGUUGAUUAGGAAAAUUUUAUAGGAGGCUUAUUAUGGCUGUUGUAAAAUUGCGACUAAGAGUGCGUUUAUAUUCUUAGGAUAGUAAGUGUGAAGCAGCCUGGUAUUCUAUUACCUUUUCUGUAAUUCUUUUUCAAUCAAUUUGUUGAUGAAUGAUUUUGACCAUAAAAUGUUUAAAUUUUUUUUGUUAACAA